AUGGUUCGUAUUGGUAACAAAGAAAUACCUGAUAACAAAAAUAUCCGGGCUGGUCUAACUAGUAUCUAUGGUAUUGGCUGGUCUAUGGCUGAAAAGAUUAUUAAUGAACUAGGUAUUGAAAGCCGAAAAAGAAUUCGUGAUUUGUCUGAAAGCGAAAUUAAAUCCAUUGGCGGGAAAAUUAAACAGUUUCCCACCGAAGGAGAAUUAAAAGAAAAAACCCAAAAGAAUAUCAGUGAGCAAAUUCAUCUUGGUACCUAUCAAGGAUUAAGACGUUCUCGCAAACCCAAUCCUUUACCAAUUCACGGUCAAAGAACACGACAUAAUGCCCGCACUGCCAAAGGUCAUAAACGAAUAACAGUAGCUAACAAGAAAAAGGCUCCCACGGCGAAAUAG